AUGCCCAUUUCAUCCAAUCAUUCCUUCCUUGCAGUACCGAACCAUCUUUCAGCCAAGAAGAGAGUCAUGAUUGGCGGUCCGCUGAUCGUCGCCAUCUUUGUUUUGUUCAUUUUAUACUAUUACAAAUCUAUUUAUGAGGCUGUGAAGGAUCGUUUACAUCUCUACAGGUGAGUAUUUUGGAGAAAAGUGUUUUCAAAGUAAUAAAUUUGUAUUUCGCUAGGAAAAAAUGGGAAAAUUUCAGGCUGAUGGCCCGUUUUGAUGGUCCACUAGCGCUGCCUCUUAUUGGUUCGGCAUGGAUGUUCAAGUGGAAUAUCGCAGGCAAUUUGACCGAUUUCGACAUGUUAUCAGCUGUUGUUCAGACUUGUCGAAGCAGUUGCUGGCCCUCGGAAAAGAGUACUCGGAGAAAGGAAACGGGAUCCUGGCCCUUUGGAUCGGCCCGAAAGCUAUGCUUUGCGUUGUCCGUCCAGAAUACGCCAAAGUUGGUUCAUUUCUUUUUCAAAAAGUCUUGAUGGAUGACAGGAAGUACUCGAGUCGAACGAUCUCAUCACAAAAGCAGACGAAUACAGUAUCCUUUUCCCAUGGCUGGGUACCGGCCUACUCACUUCUACAGGUGCAAUCUGAAUCUGACAAGAAACCAAGCAAAAGUUUAGGCGAGAAAUGGCAAAGGCGAAGGAAGCUGUUGACUCCGGCUUUCCAUUUCAAAGUACUCAACGACUUUAUUUCUGUACACGACUACCAAGCAAAAGUCAGUUUUUGAAUUCAUCAACACAAGUUUCAACAAAGAAACAAACGAGAGAAAACAAAUGUUUUUUUCUUUUGAAGAAAAAUUCAUCGAAUUGAAUUUUUUUUUUUGACUUUUCAAUUAAAAAAUAUUAUCAGUUUUAUGCCACAAAAAACUGUUUCGAACCGAACGACAACUUUUUGGUUGAAGAUGCUUUUCAAGCUUGCAGACUCUGAUGGAACAGCUGUCUCCACUGGCAGACAAAGGCGAGCAGGUAGAUCUGUUCCCGUACCUGAAACGCGCGGCUUUGGACAUCAUCUGCGAGACGUCGAUGGGCUGCACGGUCGACGCCCAGAACAACCACGAGCACCAGUACGUGCGUUCCGUACAGAGGCUCAACGAGAUCACCUUCGUCUGGCAGCGGAUGCCCUGGAUGAAGCUCAAGGCUAUUUGGUUCGUUUCGACGGAGAACAAAAAGCUUUACCUGGGAAAAUUUAUAAACUGUUCGCUCUCACCUCAUUUUGAGCUGAAAUCACAUUAUGAAAAGAUGAAAGAAAGAAAAUAGGGUUUUUUACCGAUUCAACAUCUUUUCAUGAUAGCCAAGUUCACGGCUAGCUUUGGACUCAAAAAAGACGUAGCCUGUCUGUGAUCUCCACCCACAAUGUAAACUGUCUCUUUUCUUAUUGAAUCAAGCCCUUUUUUCGAUGAAUCAAGCUAUAUAUCACCGACUUGGAAACUGAAAAUUUGGCUUGCAAACAAAAAGGGUAUAGGUAUCUGAGCGGCUACGGAUUCGAAUACGACCGGAACCUGAAGAUUGUGACCGAGUUCACGAGCCGAGUCAUCAAUGAAAAGUGGGAAGAGCUUUGUUCCACAGGAGGCAAUGCGGACAAGGGCAACUCUAAAAAAGUGAGUCUAUACUUAUAUUUUCGCACGGGUUCGAAACAUAACUGUUUCUAAAGAGAAUAGUUAACAUUCAGGCAUUUCUGGACUUGCUUCUGGAGCUGCGGCAAAUGGGCGAAAUGGAUUUUGAAGACGUUCGCGAAGAAGUCGACACCUUUAUGUUUGAAGGUCGUUCAGUCAUUCUUGCGAAAAAAGUUUGUGCUCAAAAUGUUCAGGCCAUGACACGACUUCUUCUUCCAUGGGAUGGACUCUGUGGGGCGUGGCUCACGAUCCCGAAAUUCAGAGAAAAAUACACCAAGAGGUCGAUUUGAUUUUUGGUGAGCCGCGUCUUUUUUCAAACCUAGAAAAAAAGUCGUUUCGUCUAGGAAACAGUGACCGCGAUUGCACCAACGAGGAUUUGAAGCAGAUGAAGUACUUGGAAAAGUGUAUCAAAGAGUCGCUCAGAAUGUUCCCUCCAGUGCCCUUAUUUGCGAGACGUGUUGUGAAUGACACAAAAAUACGUAAUGGUUCUGAAAAAGUCCCCUUUCAAAAGGAGAAUUUUAGAGGAGUGCGUCCUCCCGAAAGGAACCACUCUCGUCGUCGUGCCAAUGGUUCUUCAUAGAAACCCUUUGGUUAGUCGCCUUCUUUUCGCAGAUAUUUAAACUUGACUUUAGUUCUGGCCGAAUCCUGACGUUUUCGACCCCGAAAACUUUUCGGAGCAAAACGUGCAAGGUAGAAGUUCUUUCUUGGAUGUUCCAUUCAGUGCUGGACCCCGAAACUGCAUAGGUUUCAAGUUGUUCUUCUUUUGAUUGAGACGGAGUUUUUCAGGUCAAAAGUUUGCCAUGAUGGAGGAAAAGACUGUGCUCUCGUGGUUCUUCCGCAAGUACAGCAUCACUUCCGACGUUCCUUUCUUUGAUAACGAUCCGUGUCCUGAAGUUAUACUCAAGCCGAACAUAGGCAUUCCUGUUCGAAUUGCCCAUAGAAUUCGUUGAAUAUUGAUGUAAAAUAAAGCUUUUUUUUCCAAGUGCUUUCUAUACCGUGUUUGGACCAAACUACAAAGCCGUGCAGCAAAAAAUAAAGUUCAUCGCUCAAGAAUUGUACUUGCGUUGCCGAAAUAACUCGAAUGAAGAUAAUGGAGCUUUCGAUAACUUUUUUUUUAGGAAAAUAUAUGAGCGCUCAGCUGAUAGUUUGCAACGAAUCAUAAAAAAUUGGCUUUUAAAAGUGGAUUUCUUCAAAUUCAAACUUUUAUUAUCAACGCGUUAAACUCGAGGAAUUGACUAUCGUGACGGCAUUGGAAUUCAACAACUUUUAUCAAUAGAUUUUAACAACUCUCAAAGAAUUCAUUAACAAGUAUAAACGAGGUUCGAGUCAAAUAAACCAUUUUCUGCUCAAAAAUCUUUGCACAAAUUUUGAAAGACACAAAAAGCAUUGAUGGUAUAAAAUAACUGAAAAAGGCGCUUCGCUUCAAUAAUUUUAUUCAAUUUUUCCAUGCUUUAAAAAUCUAAGCGGACUCUUAUAAAAAUUCAAAAAUUAUCAGCGUCUUACAAGAAAAAGCAUGCAACUGAACAAUUUCAGAACCAAGCCAAAGUUGAGCAGUCCGUUUUCAUCGUUCUAUAUCAAUCGCCGGUCUUCCGGCGAGUGACGUCGUAAAGUGAAAACAUUCCUCUCCAUCUGCUCCAGCAAAAUAAUAGUGGUUUAGAAAUCAUAAACGGGAAACACGGUCAUCAACUGCGCCUCGUGAACUGUUGUUUUCAGCGACUCGGCAGACAAGUCACAAAUAAAAAGUACAAGCAAUGAAACAUGUCUGGAUCUUUUUUUUUUUGAAAAUUAAGUAGUAGAUUGCGCCUUACGUACCAGUGCAUUGUUCGUGAAUAAAACACUAAUUUGAGGAUUUCUAUUUUCCCGAUGUGACAGGCUUUGCCGUGGAGAUCUUCGGUUGGGAAAUACCCCGACUCAAGGAACCUCCGACCCGGAACUUGCACCUGUUUUCGCGCCUUUGAAACUGAUAGCAGUUGCUACUUAAGGGACAGUCGUUUGUUUUGGCCAGUGGUUCCAGAUGGCUCUCAACGUGUUCAUGCUCUGUUUGGUGGCCGUAUGCGCGACCCAGGCCUUUCCUGCCAACAUCCAAGAUGGUAGCUCUGCCUCCAGUUGUAGUAUAUGUGUUCGUUUUUCAGACCAAACCGACGACCUAGAACAAGGUCUGCUGGAACGCAUCCAAUUUCGUGAGUUUUCUAUGAAAUUUUAGCGAGAAAAAGGAAUAUUCAAAGCGUUUUCAAAGUGAGAAUCUUGUUAGGAGGGUACAUGAAAUUCAAGAUUUAAGAAACGUCUGAACUGAAUCAGAAAAUCGCUUUCGAUUGAAUCCUUCUUUCUAUUCAGUAUUAUUUCAAAUUUUGGAUCAAAUCGAGUUUUCUCUCUGCUUCUGAAACUCUCUCGCGGCUCAGAAUCGGUGACGGCCUAUUCGCCAGCCCUCCGCAACUACAUCGAAUGCGUUCGCGGAUGUCGGAGAGCCAAGCCUGGCGCGGCCGACGCCUGCAUCCAGAGGUGCCAGGCGAGGUACCCUCACGCGGUGAGAACUCGACGGUUCAGACAAGGAGUCUGUCCUCAUGGUUCAGGAAGGAUGUGCUGCAGCUACCACGAGAACCCCGGCUUCCGGCUCCAGUACUACCGCCGCUGCCGGCGCUUCUUCGGGAGCCACGACGACGGCUGCCGGAGGAUCGACUGCUGCGAGCACUACUACUAGAGCUCCUACCACUGGUUGAUCAAACAAAAAAAUUUUGGAAAAACCAUCAUUUCAGCUUGA